AUGCAGAGAUUUCUGACACUGCUGAAGGAGAGUGAAAACAGGGCCACCUGUCCCCCCUCAGAAGAGCUGGUGGCCCUGGCGGGAAGGCUGUGCCGGGACCUCCAGGAUGACCUCGUCAAGGCAGAGCCCUUGGUGGAGGCUAUUCUGGGGAGUCCUCUCCGCCUGUACCUGCUCAACAGUGGAGACGUGGUCCUGAUGUGCGCACUCGUCCUGGCCGGGCAGGAGCAACACCAGCUGGCCUGCCAGCUCCUGGAGGGGUGCCAGGUGCCAGGAGGCAGCUGGGAGCUGGUGCAGCUCUGGAAUGACAUCCACUACCACGUGGUCAAGAGGAAGCUGGGCGUGGCCACGCUGACUCCGGUGCAGAAGUUUCGAUGCAGGAAGAGGAACCCUCCGCCCCCCUCCCUCUGUCCCGAGGGCCUGAGGAGCAGAAACUUCCCCAGGGAGGUUCGCCAGAAGUUGAAGGACUUUGCCUUGGACGUGAGCCCCAACCCCAACAAGGCCCAGCGGGAUGCCUUGUCAUCACAAACCAACCUGUCGGCAGAGCAGGUCUACAACUGGUUUGCAAAUUACCGCCGGCGCCAAAGAGCCCUUCUCCAACACGCCGAGCAGAGUCGGAGGACCUCAGCCAGAGACCCUAGUGCCUGGGGGAUGAGUCGGAAGUCCCUGAGGGUCUCACAGGACCUCUCUGCUGACCCUCAGUGUGUGGACAGGCCUCAGGAAUCAGGACAUGAGGAAAAGGGGCUUCCAUGGUCUCCAGAGCCCACCCCAGGACCAUGGGUGCCAUUGACUUUCGCUCUGGACGUUCCUGGAGACAAGAUGCUCUCGAAACCACCAGUUCACAGCACCUUGGUGGACCCAUCCCCAGACACCCCCGGAUCAUGGCUGAUGUCCCUUGCGCUGGCGUCUUCCAGGGAAACCUCUUUCCAGACUGGGCAGGCAGUCCACAGCCAGGGACUGGGCUUCCCGAUGCCCUGUCCAGAUGCUGCCAUGGCAGAGAAGGACCUAGAGCAGGAGGAGGAAGAGCCCCGGAGACCUGUUCCCCAGAGGACAAGGGAGCUGACCCUCACACCAGGAGGUCAGCAGCGCCCAGGAAAGAAGGCAGUGAUCGUGUGUGACACCUUCCUUAGCGGUGAGCAGGAAGGAGGAUUCACUGGCCCGGCCAGUGGGACCCCUCAGAGCCGGUAUAUGGAGGAAAGCCCAGGCACCAGUGGUGAACACAUGGAACUGCAGGCGGGGAGCUUCCUGGUGACACAACCUCCGGAAUUCAUCCUUCCCCAAAGCCCCCCAGAGCUGAGGCCGGCCACGCCGUCCUUCCUUCACCCUGUGAGUGCUGCGGAGCUGAGCCAGAGCCUGCCCUCCAGCCAGGUGCAGUGGCCUGAUGGGCUGGCCUCCAACGAUGCCUUCUGGGGGGCGCAGAUGCUCUUGGAGUUUUCAGGGGGCAGCCUGGGCUGA